CAGAGGAUGGCAAACUUCAAGGGUCAUGCGCUUCCAGGCAGUUUCUUCCUGCUCUUUGGGCUCUGGUGGUCGGUGAAAUACCCUCUGCAGUAUCUCAGCCAGAAAGUAACCAAGAAAUCCCAUAGGACUUACUGCUUCCAGCGUGUGGAUGCCAUCGAAGGGGGACUCAAGAUCGUCUUUGCUGUCACAGGGAUGCUGGCAGAGCAGUUCGUCCCGGAUGGUCCUCACUUGUACCUCUACAGUGGGGAGAACCGUGACUGGGUGAAGCUGAUGAACUGGCAGCACACCACCAUGUACCUCUUCUAUGGCCUCUCUGGGGUGGUGGAUGUCUUCACCUACCUGUCCCCAGUGGUGCCACGGGGUCUGGAUCGCCUCAUGAUGUCUGUGGCUGUGUUUGUUGAAGGUUGCCUCUUCUAUUACCACGUCCUUCACCGCCCUAUGCUGGACCAGCACAUCCACUCCCUGCUCCUCAUUGCCAUCUUCGCAGGGGCCUGCAGCACCAUGCUGGAGGUCUUCCUGCGGGAUAACAUUGUCCUGGAGAUGUUCAGAGCCGGUGUCACCAUCGUCCAGGGAACGUGGUUCUGGCAGAUCGGUGUCGUGCUGUUCCAGCCAUGGGGAGGCCCAAUGUGGGAUGAGAAGGAUCACAGCAACAUCAUGUUCCUCACCAUGUGCUUCUUCUGGCACUGGGCAGCCACUGUGGCCAUCCUGGCUAUAAACUACACUCUCGCUUACUGCUGCAUCCAGAGGUGCAGGGGAGGCAGUGGGGAGCCCUACAUCAGCCUCGGAGUGCGGCAGCAGAAGAGUGACCCGAGCUCCCAAGCCACCUUCUUAAGCGGAUCUGAUGAAGAGUGAAGAGGAGGAACCUCCUGCUCCAGAUGCAUGAGGAAUCUGCUUUCUAGAGACAAAAACCAGCGCUAAUGGGAGAUUCCUGCUUUGGGAGAGCAAGGAGAGGUGGCACCAUUCUGCUGCUGGAAAGCACAUUGAGCAUGCAUUGAGCUGCCCUCCAUCCAUACCCCAAUAUUGCCCUUUCUAAGCCAGCACUGAGUUUUAGCCACAACAUUAGGCAUGGGAAUGCGAUGUGACAAGAUUGCUUCAUCCUAUGGGUACCCAUGUGUGUUCCUGUAGUGAUGGAGGGCACCCUUUCACCUGACUUUUCCAAGGGCAGGGAGGCUUUGACCUGCUGUCCUUGGAGUCAGGGACACCCCAGGUUGGGAUCAUGUACCUCUGGAGCAAGGCAUCACCCCAAGGAGGAAGAGAAAGGGUGUUGGGUGUAAGCUGAUGUCAGGUUUGCACCACUGCUAUGGCUCUAUUGUGCACAAAGCAGGUUUCAUUAUGGAAGCACUGAACUAUUGAACAUUGAGCUCUUUAUGGUUUUCCUUCACUUACAGGCUGAAAGAGCGAAUAAAUGGGAAACAAAAAUC